UAGUCCGCGGGAAACCAAAAUGGCGAAGGGCUGUAACGAAGUGGUCUGUGUUUGAGGCCGGUGUGAGCACGCACAUUCUCCUUCCCAACCCUCGUCCCCAAGGAACUCGGUGUGUGUGUGCGUGUGCGCAGGGCUCCCGCUGGGGCGGGUGCCCAGGGAGUGCCCGGACUCGCGGGGGAGCGCCCACCGGAACGAGAUUGCUUCUAUUUUCCUGUAUGAAGCGGUUGGCACCACUUAAGUGACCGAAUGAGAGACUCUACAGGAGCAGGUAAUUCACUGGUCCACAAGCGGUCUCCUUUACGUCGAAACCAAAAGACCUCAGCAUCCUUGAACAAGCUGUCUUUACAGGAUGGACAUAAAGCCAAAAAACCAGCAUGUAAAUUUGAAGAGGGUCAAGAUGUCUUAGCUAGAUGGUCAGAUGGCUUGUUUUAUCUUGGAACUAUCAAAAAGAUAAACAUAUUGAAACAGAGCUGCUUCAUCAUAUUUGAGGACAGUUCCAAAUCCUGGGUUCUCUGGAAGGACAUCCAAACAGGAGCCACUGGGAGUGGGGAAAUGGUCUGUACAAUAUGUCAAGAAGAGUAUUCAGAAGCUCCCAAUGAGAUGGUUAUAUGUGAUAAGUGUGGUCAAGGAUAUCAUCAGCUGUGUCAUACGCCUCACAUUGACUCGAGUGUGAUUGAUUCAGAUGAAAAGUGGCUUUGUCGACAGUGCGUUUUUGCAACAACAACAAAGAGGGGUGGUGCGCUUAAGAAAGGACCAAAUGCCAAAGCAUUGCAAGUCAUGAAGCAGACAUUACCCUAUAGUGUGGCUGACCUUGAAUGGGAUGCAGGUCAUAAAACCAAUGUCCAGCAGUGCUACUGCUAUUGUGGAGGCCCUGGAGACUGGUAUUUAAAGAUGCUGCAGUGCUGCAAAUGUAAACAGUGGUUUCAUGAGGCUUGUGUCCAAUGCCUUCAGAAGCCAAUGCUGUUUGGAGAUAGGUUUUAUACAUUUAUUUGCUCUGUCUGCAGUUCUGGACCAGAAUACCUCAAACGUCUACCGUUACAGUGGGUAGAUAUAGCACACCUAUGCCUUUACAACCUAAGUGUUAUUCACAAGAAGAAAUACUUUGAUUCUGAACUUGAGCUUAUGACAUACAUUAAUGAAAACUGGGAUAGAUUGCACCCUGGAGAGCUGGCAGACACACCCAAAUCUGAAAGAUAUGAGCAUGUUCUGGAGGCACUAAAUGAUUACAAGACCAUGUUUAUGUCUGGGAAAGAAAUAAAGAAGAAGAAGCAUUUGUUUGGGUUGCGAAUUCGUGUUCCUCCUGUGCCACCAAAUGUUGCUUUCAAAGCAGAGAAAGAGCCGGAAGGAACAUCCCAUGAAUUUAAAAUUAAAGGCAGAAAGGCAUCCAAACCUAUAUCUGACUCAAGGGAAGUAAGCAAUGGGAUAGAAAAAAAAGGAAAGAAAAAAUCUGUAGGUCGCCCUCCUGGCCCAUAUACAAGAAAAAUGAUUCAAAAACCUGCUGAGCUGCCUUUGGAUAAGGAAUCAGUUUCAGAGAAUCCUACGUUGGAUUUACCUUGUUCUAUAGGGAGAACUGAGGGAAUUGCACAUUCAUCCAAUACCUCAGAUGUGGACCUCACGGGUGCUUCCAGUGCAAAAGAAACUACCUCGUCUAGCAUUUCCAGGCAUUAUGGAUUACCUGACUCUAGAAAGAGAACUCGCACAGGAAGGUCAUGGCCUGCUGCAAUACCACAUUUGCGGAGAAGAAGAGGGCGCCUUCCACGAAGA